CUGACAAAGUUAUCAAACAUAUAUGUAAAUCCUGAAAAAAUAUCUGAAUUUCUGAAAAAUUUUCAUAAUCCCACUAAUUUCAACAAUGCCUUUCAAAUUUCAAUUCCUCCUCGUUCUAUGUAUUUCGUGCGUGGCGUCCUUUAAACGAGACAUACCACUCAAUGUCACACCCUCUCAAAUAAUCCCAUCCGACGACCUCGACUACGCCUUGUUGCCCGACUUUAACGAACCCUGCAACAAGACGGACUGCGCACCCGGUUUGUUCUGCACGGAUGACAUCUGUCAAUGCGCCAACCCCUCGUACGAGGUCUACAAUAAUCUCACCGGUCGCUGUGACCGUGUCGUUGGCGCGAUGUGUACGGCACAAAGUAUCUGCAUGCCUGGCGCCCUGUGCAUUCGCAACAUUUUUGAGAAGAUCUACUCGCGCUCGGGAGUGUUUGGGCCAAAGGUGGUGCCCAUAAUUGAGAACAUUUGUCAAUGUCCGGGCGGCUGGGUGGACAACUUGUGGGGUGGUUGUGAUCUAGCACAUGGUCACCCGUGCGGAGGAGAGUUUGGGGAUGCGAAAUGUGAUCGACAUGCAGAGUUGGUUUGUCGCGAAGACAAGUGUGCCUGCCCGGAUGCGUCGGAUAAGUACAACUCCAAAGAGAGAAGGUGCAUGAAAGGGGUGGGAACGCCGUGUCGCUGGAAAGGGCAGUGCAGUCCUUCAGCCGAUUGCGUGUGGGACACGACAAGGACCCCAAAAAAUUUGUGGGGAACCUGUCUCUGUUCUUUUAAGGACGAUCCGUGUCCAUCAUGACGCUGUAUUAAAGGGAGAGGACAAAAAUGAAUACUAGAAACUGUAAACUUACGAAAAUGGAAUGUAAUGCAUGUACAUAUGCAGAUCAAUAUCGGAAAUUCAUGCCUAGGAAUAAUGAUGGUAACUUAAAUAAUCAUGGACAUUUAUCAUUUAUAUACAUACACACGUAACACAAAUAAUUCAAAUACACACAUAUUUUUUGGAAAUUUCCUGUAUUUCAAAUUUAUAAGAAUAUUAAUCUCAGUAUUUGUUAGAGUACCAAAAAUAUAAUGAGUUACAAAUUAGUUUUAAUACGCACAUUUGUAUACACUCGUCAAAACUCACAAAUUCUAUUAACUGCAUUUAUGUAUAUACUUCACUCCUUGUAGCUUGCGCCAUAGUUAAGCUAUGCAUAACAUUGGCGCAAGUUGGCAACGAAUCAAGUAUUUAUACAUAAAUGUCAUUAUGUAAUUAUGCUACACAAGUACAUUUACUAUUUAUGUCAUACAAUUCGAAUUUCAUUUCAAAAAUAUUCUUCAAUAGUGUAUUACAAAAUUCUCCAGCAGGAAUUAAUGUCUUCCUGACAAG